AUGGAAGAAGAUAAUCCUAAUAAAAUACAGAAGUACCAAGUUAACGAUAAUGUUGUUAAAAUUAAAAAUAGCAACUUAAACCCCUCGGGACGAGAGAGUCUUGAGACGCCCGCCGAAGUUUUUACCGGCAAUACAAAUAAUGAAGCAAAAAAAUGCAAGAUUACAUACAAUUUAAACCCCUCGGGACGAGAGAGUCCUGAGGCGCCCGCCGACGAUAAUACCGGCAACAAAAUAAAUAAAGUUAAAACUGUGGGACAAAAAAGUCUUACAACGCCAGUCGAUGAAAUUACCGACAAUGAAAAUAAAAUUAAAAAUGUGGGACAAAAAGGUCUUACAACGCCAGCUGAUGAAUCAUACCAGCACAGAAUAAAAAAUAUAAAAAAUUGUUUAGAGGAAGAAACCUCUAAAGCUUAUUCCAAUAAUAUAUUGGAAAUUAAUAAUUUGGAAUUUGGUGAUGGUAAUAAAAUUGAAGAGUUUGCCACCAAAUAUAUAAACAGCAAUAAGGAAACUGAAAAUAUCAACAUUCCUUUGUUAAGAGAAGAUGUUAUUAAAAUAAUAAAAGAAGCUCAUAAAAAUGUGAACAUGGAUUUACCUUUUAGAACAGAUAUUAAGGCGGAAAUUAGAACUGAGGAUGAAAAACCUAUAUGGUCGAAACAAUAUCCAUAUUCUAUAUCUGCUAAUAGUUUUGUUAAUAAGGAAGUUGAAAAUUUAUUGUCCUUAAAUGAAAUUAUUUCACAACUAGAAGAAGAUGACGAUGUAUUGUCCGCAGAUAUAUACAUAACGCCCCCGGAAAACAACGAUAAGAGCGACGAAGAUAGCGGCGAUGAGGAAUCUGCUAAUAUAAACACUUUGUCAAGACGCCAGCUAUUAGCGGAAGCUGAAUUUCGAGCGACAGUAUCAUCUCAUAAUGAAUUAGGCACAGUUGAAGACCUUCUGAAUGACUCAGUCGUAGAUGAAACUAAUGAAACACCCAGAACAUCCGCAACGUUAGCUCCUCCAUUAAAAAAAAGAUGCCUAACUAAAAGAAAGUGGACGCACACAGAUAUUCCAGAGAAACUAGAAAAGGUCUCAGAGCCACCUAAUUUUCUAGAGGAUCUUGACAAUCCUUUACAGUUUUUCGAACUUUUUUUUGAUACAGAAGUUUUUGAACUCAUUCGCUCUGAAACUGAAAAAAAUGCCAUUCAGAAGGGAAAUCAUAAUUUUAGAGUUACCACUGAAGAAAUAAAGCGUUUUAUUGGCAUUCUAUUGCUAUCGGGUUAUAACCAUGUUGCCAGAUACCGAAUGUACUGGGAGCAAAGCGUCGAUUGCAAUUUUCAUGGUGUAGCUUCUGCUAUGUCUCGAAAUAGAUUUGAGGAACUGUUGCGAUAUUUUCACGUUUCUGACAAUAAUAAUCUGGAUAAAGAAGAUAAGUUUUCCAAGGUUCGUCCUUUAUGGGAUCUAUGUAACGAAAGAUGGGUGAAAUAUUUUCCCGGCGAUAAAAACUUGAGCAUUGACGAGUCAAUGAUCCCAUAUUAUGGAAAGCAUGGAGCAAAGCAACAUAUUCAAGGAAAGCCAAUUCGAUUCGGUUAUAAAAACUGGUCUAUAUGCACUCGACUUGGUUAUUUGAUUUACGGAGAGCUUUAUCAAGGAGCGAAGACGGGAAAUACCCGCCCAGAACUAGGUGUUGGUGCUUCUGUAGUUUUAGAUCUUAUAUCAAAACUUCCGCCUGGAUCUUACAGUUUUUAUAUGGAUAAUUAUUUUACUUCUUUACCUCUGUUGGAUGAAAUAAUUAAAUUAGGACACGAUGCGACAGGAACAAUUAGAGCAAAUAGAGUAGAAAAAGCGCCAUUAAAAGACCCAAAAACCAUGAAGAGGACGAUAAGAGGAUCUUACAAUCAAUGCACAGAUACUUUGUCGAAUAUUACCCUCGUUCGAUAUAAUGACAAUAAUAUUGUUACUGUAGCGUCGACACAAUCCGGCGUGGAGCCUAUUGGAAAAGUCAAGCGUUAUUGUGAGAAGCAAAAAAAGGAUAUUGAUCAACCUCGAUGUAUCAUAAAUUACAAUAAGUACAUGGGCGGCGUGGAUCGUUUGGACCAAAAUGUGGGAUGCUACCGGAUUUCUAUACGUUUGAAAAGAUGGUAUUGGCAACUACUAAUGUUUCCAAUAAAUGUUUGUGUCAACAACGCUUACCAAUUAUACAGGUUGUCCCCAGUUGCGCAGAAUGAGUCCCAUGAUUUCUUGUCUUUUACAAGAUAUAUUGUAACAUCGUAUCUUUUGACAAAAACUAUACCAGUAACCUCACCCUCGACUACGAAAAAUUUGUUGCCAAGAUCUUCUCUGGCGGUCAUCAAACGAGUUCCAACUAGUAUAAGACUAGAUGGUAAGGCACAUCACAUAAUAAAAAAUAACAAACAAAGCCGCUGUGGUAUGUGCCAUAAAAAUACUACCAUGAAAUGCGAAAAAUGCAACGUUGCUUUACACCAAAAAUGUUCUCCAGUUUUUCAUACAAAGUAA